CGCCUCAAACAGCAGGUCUGCUGUUACACUGCCAGCUCCCCCAAAGCUUCAUGGGUUGAUCCUGUUGAACUUCAACAGUCUUCCCCUUCUUCAGCCUCUGUACAACCCCGUGACCCCGCCUCCCUCCCCAUCCUACAGCUGUGCCCUUUUUGCUGCAUUGCCAGUGCAACCAACACCAGCGUGAUGGCUUGUUGUGCCUCGGGCUCAUUUGGACGAGCAACUGCAGCAUCACACACCACUACACAGACUUCCAGAUGCGUCAGCCACUAGAGUGAGAGAUACAUAGAGACUGGGGAGGAGGGACAGACACACAGAGAAGGGGAGCAGUACUACAAGAGAAAGGAGGGAUCAUCUAUCCCAGCAAGAGAGGCAUCCACCUGUCCCCCCAUAGGAAGGUGGCCCCCCCACCUGAUCCAUCUCGUUGCAAGGGGGGGAUCCUGCAUAGCCUGGAAGGCAACAGAGACUAUGCAGCUAGGACUGGUGGCGCUGGCAAUGGUCUUUCUCAGCUCCAUGGGUCACAGUGAUGUUCUGAAGCUCUCCAAGGCAAGAAGACAUAGACGUGUUAGCACUGAGGGGCCCCCAUCUUGCCCCAAAGGCUGUGACCGAUGUUCUGAGUAUAAUGGCUGCAUUAAAUGCAAGCCUAAGCUCUUCAUCUUCUUGGAGCGCAAUGACAUCCGUCAGAUAGGCGUGUGCCUUGCCUCCUGCCCCAUGGGAUACUUUGGCAUGAGGAACCCUGAAGGCAAUAACCGAUGCACCCAAUGUAAAAUAGACAAUUGUGAAGCGUGUUUCAAUCGCAAUUUUUGCACAAAAUGUAAGGAGGGCUUGUAUUCACACAGUGGGAGAUGUUAUGUCAGCUGCCCUCCAGGUCAACGCACCGUUAAUGAGACCAUGGAGUGUGUCGGUCAACGUGCUUCAGAGUGUGAACUGGGUGAGUGGAGCCAAUGGGGUUCCUGUAUGAAGAAAAACAAAACAUGUGGAUUUAAGAAAGGCACCCAGUCCCGGGUUCGUGUACCCCUUCCGCAGGUUCACAGUCCGGACACCUCUCCUCCUUUUGUACCCUCGCAGACCUGUGCUCCAGAGACAGAGAGGAGGAAGUGUGUCGUGACCAAAACUCCUUGUGCGAGGGAGAGGAAGAAUAAAGGAGACAGACAAGAUGAUACAAACAGGAGAGAAAGGGAGAAUGCACGUGGGCGAGGACAAGACAGUAGAGGAGGAGGAGGAGGAGGAGGAGGUGGAAAGCGGAGAAAAGGCCAGAGCAGGACGACCACUGCUCCCAGCAUCACAACUAGCUCUGUCACCUAAGCGCUAGCGCCUGCUGGAUGAGGCUGAGAGAAUACCAGAGACAAUGCCUCACCCAGCAGCGCCAGCCACAGAAAGUGAUUGAUGUUGAAGGAAGGGUAUUAAUGCUGCUAUGCUGCAUUGUAGAUGCAGAGAGAACUGGAGGAUUGCUGCAACACAACAGAUUCCCUGAAGCUUUUUGAAUAGUUGACCAUAUCUGGAAGAGACCUGUGUUUUAAUGUUGGACAGCAAAGCCAAACUGAAGACUAUGGUUGGACUUGAUUCGUGUCAUGAACUGAUCCUAUAUCACUCUUAAACUAAAACCAGAUUAUGUGUUUCAAAUUGAGCAUUCAAGCCUGAUUAUGAAUGAAGGGAUGCUUAAAUCUCCUCUGGUCGAUGAUGUAUUUUGUUCCAGUCUGAUUUUAAUUACAAUCUGUUCUUCAUUUGUUUUCAUGUUUGUAAGAGGUGGCAGAUGGAUUUUCUCAACUGUCCCUGUCUGUGAUGUAAAGACAAAGAAGAGUAUUACAUCUUGGUACCUGUGUUUCCUGUUGUGUGAGAUGAAACAGAAAGAAAGGCACUGGAAAUCAUUUGCGGUUGUUGAGGACAGAAUUUGUCUGUACAGUUACGUUCAUAAUUUGUUUAACAAACAAUUUUUUAUAGCUUUGCUUCUGCACACUACUACAAACAAUCAAAACACGAUUGAAGCGUAAGCAUUCGGCUUUAUUUCAAAGGGUUUAGAAAAGUAAUUUUUGUAUGUAGUCCCCCAUUUUAAGAGGGUCAAAAGCAAUUGGAAAAACUAACAUCAUUUGAAAUAUAAGGACUCUUUUGGAUGAAAAUCCUUUACAGUCGAUGAAGUCCAGAACCCAUGGACAUCACCAGAUGCUGCGUUUCCUCCCUUGAGAUGCUCUACUAGGCCUUUACUGCAGUCACAUUCAGUUGCUGCUUGUUUGUGAGUCUCUGCCUUCAGUUUUGUCUUCAGUGACUAAAAAGCCUGCUUUAUUGAGUUCGAGAUCAGGUGAUUGACUUGGACACUGAAGGACACCCCAAUUCUUUGCCUUGAAAAACUCUUGGGUUUCUUUUUUCAGUCUGCUUCGGGUCAUUAUUCAUUUGCACCGUGAAGCAGCAUCCAGUCAUUUUUCCAGCAUUUGAUUGAAUUUGAACAGCGAGUAUAGCCCUUUACACUCAUAGGUCAUACUUCUACUUCUGUCUGGAUCAUCAGUAAAUACUACUGACUCGGUUUCAUUGGUGGCAGUAAAUGCCCAUCCCGUAACACGGCCUCCAUCACGUUUGACAGACGAUGUGGUCUGAUUCAGAUCGUGACGCUUCCUAUCAUUCUGGUAUAGCUUAGUCUUGAUUUAAUCUGUCCAAAUUUUUUAUUUAUUUAUUUUCUUUUUCAGAACUGUGCAACGUCUUUUAGAUGUUUUCUGACAAAUUCUAAUCUGACCUUCCUGUUCUUGAUUGUAACCAAUGGUUUGCACCUUGUUGUAAACCCUCUGUAUUUACAUUGUAUUUAUUCUCAAGGCAUCUCUUGAUUGUAGACCUUGACAAUAAUAAGCCUACUUCCCCAACUUCCUGAAUUGGUUGGAUGUUGUGAAGUUUUUUUUUUUGUUUUUUCUUCUUAAUCGUGGAAAUCACACUGUUGAUGUGACCGCUCUGAUAGGUUUAGGUUUUGUUUUUUCAGCCUGAUGAUGCCUCCUUUACUUGCAACAGUUUCUCUUUGGACCUCAUAUUGAGAGUUCCAGUAAAAAGAUACCUAAUGCAAUCUCAACUCAACUCAACCCCACAUCAUUUAUCUGCUUAAUUUGCCAUGGAAUAAUGAGGGACCAGGCCUCACCUGGCCAUGAAUCUGCUUGUCAGUCAAUUGUCUAGUUACUUUUGAGCCUCUGAAAAUGGGGGACUGUAUAAAAACAGUUGUAAAUCCAAAACAGCUAAUGAGUUUUUUUUUUUUUUGUGAAAGCUGCUGAAAUAAAGCUGAAAGUCUGCACUUCAAUCACAUCUUGAUUGUUUGAUUUAAAACCCACUGUGAUGACGUACAGAGACAAAAUUUUAAAAAAUUGAGUCAUUGUUCAAAAUCAAGAAGAUGCAGAGGAGGAUUACAGUAUCAGGCGCACAUCUUAUAUGCGCUGGUGUCUAGACACAAACUUUAGUCAUUUGAUAGCUUAAUGUUUGUUUUGGGAAAAAAAAAGUUUGGAUCUGAAAAUAUCUCUGCACAGAAAUGAGUAUUUGCAUGGUAAAAAGUUACAUGUGUGUGUGUAUGUGUGUGUGAAUGUGUUGGUCCAUAUCUGAAGUCUGGGUGUUUGUUUAUAUGCAUUCCUGCACGAAUUCAAAUGGUUUGAUGAUGGAACUUAGUUGUUUGUAGGUGUGUUGAUGUUUGCACAUAUAGUAUAUGGUAAUACUGAUCUAACAGAUUGAAGGAAAAAGGUCUGUAAAACAGCAGAAAUAAAAUGUAAAUGCACAGCAAUAUACUGAAUAUGCAGUAAAUACAAGCCACUUAUUAUUAUAUAAGCCACCAAAUCAUCAGCCAUUCAAUAAUCUGUAUGUUUGCAACAGGGUCUGAAGAUUUUGCACAAUUAUAAUGUUUCCUACUGCUCAUAUUUCAGAACAAUCAUAGCAUUUUAUAAUUGUAUACUGUAAAAACUGGCUUUGUGACAUUGCGGAUGGAGUUUUUUUUUUUUUCCGUGGGUCUGUCUGUUUUAAACAAGGUUUUAGUUUUGGAGAAAGUUACAUGCUCUAUUAUUCAUUCAUACUAUGAGCUGUGAUACUGAAUAUGUCAAGCUGUGUUUAUCAACAAAUUUAAAAAGUAUUAGUACUAUCAUGUAUAGCUUAUUCUGUGAAAGCCUAAAUAAAGUUCAGAUGAAGCUAAUGAACGUCA